UAGCCACACGCCCAUGCGCCUUUUUAUCAUUUCUGCGGUAGAAAAAAUACUUGAUUUUUACAAGGUGAAGCCGAACGGUGAAAAAAAGGACAAUGGACGCUACACGCCCGCGCUCGCUGCAAGGUUCAUUGCUUACUUACAUGUUUCGCAUGGUCCUUGCCGCCGCAUUUGGUACGUUACGACCAGCACUCCUAAAGUUCACUCGCUCGCGCUACAGCAAGCCUUCCGUACUCUAUUCAUGGUUCGUCCUGCACAUGUUGCAAGCCAAGAUAUUCCUCGAUGGGCGAUUGAAGUUGUCUCUUGCUUACCACAUACUCUGCGAAGCCCCUGUUUCUCCUACGCGUUACUAACGAAGCCGCCGGAAAAACGUUAUUGCGAUGAUUUGGGCGAAAGUGUUCUCACAAAGGUGAGCGGUGACAGCUACUCCGUAAAUCUGGCAAGGACCAUGGUUAUCUUUGUUUUUCUCGCGCUUAUGUCUACCGUGACAAUGUAUAAGGAUCAAAUU